AUGUCAUCCAACAGAAGUCAGAACCCUCAUGGGCUCAAACAGAUUGGCCUGGACCAGAUCUGGGAUGACCUGCGAGCAGGAAUACAGCAGGUGUACACCAGACAGAGCAUGGCCAAAGCACGAUACAUGGAACUCUACACGUAUCCUUCCACAUAGAUACACUGCGAGGCUUCUCUGACUAAUGUAUUUCCUUUGUAACUUCCCGGUGUGUGUUUAUUAAUAAUAUUUAUUUAUUUAUAUUAUUUAUAUUAAGGGGGAUAGCUAACGGAUGGUUUCUUUGCCUGGUAAGUCAAACAAAAUGGCAAAGCUGGAAAAAAAAAAUGUUUUGUUUUUAUGGCACAGACACCAGCACAGGUUUGCCUCAGUUUAAAGCAUAAUUGGGGAUAAUCCAUUUGUCAGUAUUUUCAGUUUCUACAUUUAUGUUGUUGCCUUAACCCACCACCCAGACAUGUUUAUAACUACUGUACCAGUGUGCACCAGUCUAAUCAGGCCCGUGGGGCAGGGCCCCCGCCAUCCAAACCCUCCAAAAAGGCCCCCACCCCAGGAGGGGCCCAGUUUGUGGGCCUGGAGCUCUACAAGAGACUCAAGGAAUUCCUCAAGAACUACCUGACCAACCUGCUCAAGGUAAUGCUCUUUCCCGUACCUUUUAAAUGGACUGAGGUCAAUGAAGCGACUGAAUGAAUUGGCCUACUGGUUAAUUCUCCAUAAGCCCUUUCAAAGGAGGUUAAAGGAAGCAUAUCAAAUAUCCUACCACAUUUGCAUGCUUAUCUUUAACUAAAUAUCAGUAUCUUAUUCUCCUCCCUCUCUGUUCCCUUCAUCUGCAGGAUGGAGAAGACCUGAUGGAUGAGAGUGUAUUAAAGUUCUACACACAGCAGUGGGAAGACUACAGAUUCUCCAGCAAAGUGCUGAAUGGUAUCUGUGCCUACCUCAACCGGCACUGGGUCCGCCGUGAGUGUGAUGAAGGGCGCAAAGGGAUCUACGAAAUCUACUCCGUAAGACGAUAAACAAUACUUUUCUUAACCCAAAUCUCAUAUUCUUCGAUGGUUUUCUCAACCGUAUCCAUCGCCCCAUCCUUUCCUCUCCUUUCAGCUCGCUUUGGUGACAUGGAGGGAAUGUCUUUUCAGACCUUUGAAUAAACAAGUGAGUAUCCCCUCAGAUCAGCUGUGGAAAAGUUAUUCCCAGUCUUAGUUGAUUAGUGAGUAGAUUGUGAAAGUGUACAAUUUGUUGAAAGCAUUUACCCUAUAUUUCUUUCCCCCCACAACUAAGGUCACAAAUGCUGUAUUGAAGCUCAUCGAGAAGGAACGUAACGGAGAGACCAUCAACACCAGGCUUAUCAGUGGAGUCGUCCAAUCCUAUGGUAAGCCCUGGCAUAUUUUAAUUGUGUGUUGGUCAACCAAUAUGAAACUGUUGUGCAAAAUCUGACAGUGGAGGUUAUGUGUUUUUCAGUUGAGUUGGGUCUCAAUGAGGAUGAUGCCUUUGCCAAAGGCCCCACUUUGUCGGUCUACAAAGAGUACUUUGAGACUCAGUUCUUGGCGGACACCGAGCGCUUCUACACACGAGAGAGCACAGAGUUCCUGCAACAAAACCCUGUUACUGAGUACAUGAAGAAGGUUGGUUAUCAAACCUGUGCAUCGAGCGAAAUAGUAGCUGUAUCUGUAGCCUUUGUUUAGGGUAAAAAUUUUAACCGAAUCCCUCUCUUUGUCUCUCUCUCCAUCUCUAUCUGUCUCCCUCUGUUCUCUUUUUCUCCUUCUCUGUCUCUCUCUCAGGCGGAGGCACGUCUUUUGGAGGAGCAGCGGAGGGUGCAGGUGUACCUCCACGAGAGCACGCAGGACGAACUGGCCCGCAAGUGUGAGCAGGUGCUCAUCGAGAAGCACCUGGAGAUCUUCCACACAGAGUUCCAGAAUCUUCUGGACGCUGACAAAAAUGAAGGUACAGAGGAAAGUCCAGAUGGCAAUUGCCAGACUUGCCUUUUUGCUUUAUAUGUACUUUCCAUAAAUGUAUACACCGUGUACUAAACAUUAGGAACACCUGCUCAUUCCAUGACAGACUGACCAGGUGAAAGCUAUGAACCCUUAUUGAUGUCUCUUGUUAAAUCCACUUCAAUCAGUGUAGAUGAAGGGGAGGAGACGCGUUAAAGAAGGAUUUUUAAGUCUUGAGACAAUUGAGACAUGGAUUGUGUAUGUGUGCCAUUCUGAGGGUGAAUGGACAAGACAAACGAUUUAAGUGUCUUUGAACGGGGUAUGGUAGUAGAUGCCAGGCCCACCGGUUUGAGUGUGUCAAGAACUGCAACGUUGCUGGGUUUUUCACACUCAACAGAUUCCCGUGUGUAUCAAGAAUGGUCCACCUACCAAAGGACAUCCAGUCAACUUGACACAACUGUGGGAAGCAUUGGAGUCAAUAUGGGCCAGCAUUGCUGUGGAAUGCUUUUGACACCUUGUAGAGUCCAUGCCCCGACGAAUUGAGGCUGUUCUGAGGGCAAAAGGGGGUGUCACUCAAUAUUAGGAAGGUGUUCCUAAUGUUUUGUACUCUCAGUGUAUGUACUUCUAAAUGUACAUUUACUGUAUAUGUACUUUCCAUGUGAGCUUUGGCUGUGUAAAUGUAUGUUUGUGGUCAUCACCAUUUAUUCUCUCAUAUCUCUCUCUCUGUGUAGACCUUGGGCGGAUGUACAAUUUGGUGUCCCGGAUCACUGAUGGGUUGGGAGAGCUGAAGAAACUCCUGGAGACGCACAUAUACAACCAGGGCCUUGCUGCUAUAGAGAAGUGUGGAGAAGCGGCUCUCAAUGUAAGAACUACAGUGGAUUUAAUAGUGACAUUUACACAUACAGUUGUGGUCAAAAGUUUUGAGAAUGACACAAGUAUUGGUCUUCACAAAGUUUGCUGCUUCAGUGUUUUUAGAUAUUUUAGUCAGAUGUUACUAUGGUAUACUGAAGUAUAAUUACAAGCACUCCAUAAGUGUCAAAGGCUUUUAUUGACAAUUACAUUAAGUUUAUGCAAAGAGUCAAUAUUUGCAUUGUUGACCCUUCUUUUUCAAGACCUCUGCAAUCCGCCCUGACAUGCUGUCAAUUAACUUCUGGGCCACAUCGUGACUGAUGGCAGCCCAUUCUUGCAUAAUCAAUGCUUGGAGUUUGUCAGAAUUUGUGGGGUUUUGUUUUUCCACCCGCCUCUUGAGGAUUGACCACAAGUUCUCAAUGGGAUUAAGUUCUGGGGAGUUUCCUGGCCAUGGACCCAAAAUUUAGAUGUUUUGUUCCCCGAGCCACUUAGUUAUCACUUUUGUCUUAUGGCAAGGUGCUCCAUCAUGCUGGAAAAGGCAUUGUUCGUCACCAAACUGUUCUUGGAUGGCUGGGAGAAGUUGCUCUUGGAGGAUGUGUUGGUACCAUUCUUUAUUCAUGGCUGUGUUCUUAGGCAAAAUUGUGAGUGAGCCCACUCCCUUAGCUGAGAAGCAACUCCACAUAUGAAUGGUAUCAGGAUGCUUUACUGUUGGCAAGACACAGGACUGAUGGUAGUGCUCACCUUGUCUUCUCCGGACAAGCUUUUUUCCAGAUGCCCCAAACAAUCAGAAAGGGGAUUCAUCAGAGAAAAUGACUUUACCCCAGUCCUCAGCAGUCCAAUCCCUGUACCUUUUGCAGAAUAUCAGUCUGUCCCUGAUGUUUUUCCUGGAGAGAAGUGGCUUUCUCGCUGCCCUUCUUGACACCAGGCCAUCCUCCAAAUGUCUUCGCCUCACUAUGCGUGCAGAUGCACUCACACCUGCCUGCUGCCAUUCCUGAGCAAGCUCUGCACUGGUGGUGCCCCGAUCCCGCAGCUGAAUCAACUUUAGGAGACGGUCCUGGCGCUUGCUGGACCUUCUUGGGUGCCCUGAAGCCUUCUUCACAACAAUUGAACCUCUCUCCUUGAAGUUCUUGAUGAUCCGAUAAAUGGUUGAUUUAGGUGCAAUCUUACUAGCAGCAAUAUCCUUGCCUGUGAAGCCCUUUUUGUGCAAAGCAAUGAUGACGGCACGUGUUUCCUUGCAGGUAACCAUGUUUUUUGGGGGAUUAAGUUCAUUUUCAUGGCAAAGAGGGACUUUGCAAUUAAUUGCAAUUAAUCUGAUCACUCUUCAUAACAUUCUGGAGUAUAUGCAAAUUGCCAUCAUAAAAACAGAGGCAGCAGACUUUGUGAAAAUUAAUAUUUGUGUCAUUCUCAAAAAUUUGACAACGACUGUACUUUUUACCCAAAGGUUCACAUCUUUAUUGGAUUAAUCUGAGACACUGUCCAGUUCUCUUGGGUUAUCCUUGACUUUAUUGUUUUCAUUUACUUUACCACAGGAUCCCAAAAUGUAUGUCCAGACCAUCUUAGACGUCCACAAGAAGUAUAAUGCUUUAGUAAUGUCAGCGUUCAACAACGACGCUGGUUUUGUUGCUGCUCUGGACAAGGUAUGUUCAUAGCUUACUAUAUUUUGUGGUGUAAGAGGUUUUCAUAUGGUGUCACGCACACUGUUGCUGUUGUUACGUUUGAAGCCUUUUUUCCAGGCCUGUGGACGCUUCAUAAACAACAAUGCUGUGACCAAGAUGGUGCAGUCGUCCAGCAAAUCCCCAGAGCUGCUGGCUAGAUACUGUGACUCUCUGUUGAAGAAGAGGUGUGUCACUCAGUCUCUCCUCUGGUGCAUUCACCCAAUACAUAACUCCAGACCCACAGUUUGAUAUUAAAGUCUACGCACGCACAGCUGAGAGCAGUAGCCUGCACUCCAGUAUUGCUAUUGACAUUUGUUCUGAAAUGGUUCAUAUUGACAUUGAUUUUAAAAUACAUUAUUUAUUUCGCACAGCUCAAAGAACCCAGAGGAGGCAGAGCUGGAAGACACACUAAACCAAGUGGUGAGUUGGGGGACUGCUUUUUUUCAAGUGUUCAGCUGUCACACUGGCCGUGUCUGAAUACCCAUAUUAGCGUACUACAUACUUAAACUACAGAUUAUGUACUCAUUGUCGCAUACUAUUCAGCACAUACUGUUUAGUGAAAAAGUAUGCAGUAUGCCACGGCUGCAACGCAGUAGCAGCUCCUGACUGGCUGAGUAGGUGAGGCCGGGCCGAGUGCGGGAGGAUUUUUCCAAAUUGAACAGACAUGAGGUGCUUUCGGUUCGCGUAAAUGUUUGCCAUGUUGCGGAAUGGUUGGUACUGAACUAUACUUUUCCCAAAAUGUUCUUGAACGGACUUUGAGGUACGUUUGUUCCCGUUUGAUGGUUGUGGUGAGAUGUGGCUUGAAGCAAUGAGUGACGUAUUUAAUGGGCAGUGGCCAUGCUGACAGCGUUCCCCAACCCCCAACACAACUCCUCCCUGUUUUUCAACUGGUCGUUCAGUACGGCAUCGUUUCCGUUCAAUUGAAUGUUCAGGAACGUAAAAACGCAGCCCUGCAUCGCAUUAACCAGCCUGACAAUAGCUCAUUUCCAAUUCGAUACAUUUCUCUAAACUGAGUAGAAUAGGAAUGGAGUUAUAGGCAUACUCAGGCUAGUAAUAGGCAGACUAUCACAUUCGACCUAUAGCGUAGCCCAUAUAGUCCAUCUAUCCUAUUUAUACUGAACAAAAAUAUAAACACAACAUGCAACAAUUUCAAAGAUUUUACUGUUACAGUUCAUAUGAGGAAAUCAGUCAAUUUCAAUAAAUAAAUUAGGCCCUAAUCUAUGGAUUUCACAUGACUGGGAAUACAGUUAUGCAUCUGUUGUUCACAGAUACCUUAAAAUAAAUCGGCCUCACAAGUGGCCUCAGGAUCUCGUCACAGUGUUUUUGUGCUUUCAAAUUGCCAUUGAUAAAAUGCAAUUGUGUUCGUUGUGCGUAGCUUAUGCCUGCCUGCCCAUACCAUAACCCCACCACCACCAUGGGGCACUCUGUUCACAACGUUGACAUCAGCAAACCGCUCGCCCACACGACGCCAUACACAUGUUCUGCGGUUGUGAGGCUGGUUGGACGUACUGACAAAUUCAAAAAAAUUAACAUGACAUAACGCAGCCACAUCCUGAGUCCCCGGUGCUGACACAUUCAGAUAUCAAAAUAUGGUUUAGUAGUUAGUUUAAAAGCUCUGACGAAAGCCAAGAGAACAAUAAACACUUUUCAAUAAGAAAACAGAAAUCCACUUUGGGUUAAAAAAAAAAAGAGAGAGAAAAAAUACUUGUUUGGCUACUUGAAGAGAACUAUGACCUAUCACUCGCAGCCCACCUCUUCCAAUGCAUUGUGGAAAAGUGUGCAUCGAAUUCUACUAGAUGAAGAGCCAAAAUGAGUUUAACAUCCAGGUAUUUAAACCAUUAAAACACGUUCUAUUUUCGCAUACUGAGAAUGCAUCAUGCGCGAUUUCGUUGUUUCCCGCUAUUCGUUGAUUUCGGUAGCACCUCCCAAUAUCAAAUUGAUUAGCUGUGGUCAAAGCCGAAAUGAGUAUGACAUCAGGGCAUUUAAAGUAUACUACAUUUUUGAAACGUUGCAUACUAUUAAACUUGAUUUUUUUCGCAUCUUCAAACAGCCUACUAUUUAGGACGCAAGUAUGGGUAUUCGUACACGGCCACUGGUACUUCAUCUGGAUGUCUAGAGAAGACGGGAUGAAAACUUGGACUUUCUCAACUGCCUGCCCUCCAUUGCAGACCCAAUCUCCUCUCCCUCCUUCAGCCCGAUGUUGCAUUUUAGUUGGUUUACAGUAUGUGACGUGAUCUCUAUUCACAACUCUAUAUCUAACUGUUAUGUGUUCUCUUCCCUAGAUGGUUGUCUUCAAGUACAUAGAGGACAAAGAUGUGUUCCAGAAGUUCUACGCCAAGAUGCUGGCUAAGCGGUUAGUCCAUCAGAACAGCGCCAGUGACGAUGCUGAAGCCAGUAUGAUCUCCAAACUGAAGGUAGUACACGACUGAAAUCUUGGUCACCUCAUGACAAUGCCUUUAAUUGCCUUGAAACACAUUUGAUCAAUUUGCAGUUUUUGUGAUAUUGCCAUUACAUUUUGAUUGGUUUGUUGAUUUACAAUCCGUAAGAUAUUCUCUGGUUGCUCAGUCUUUGGACUGUGUUUUACCUGGGAUCACCCCUGUUUUAAUAGCAUGUCCUGCCCCCAACAGCAAGCGUGCGGCUUCGAGUACACCUCUAAACUCCAGCGCAUGUUCCAGGACAUCGGAGUCAGCAAAGACCUAAAUGAACAAUUCAAAAAGCACCUCACCAACUCUGAGCCUUUGGACUGUGAGUAUAAUGUGACUAAUGAGCAAAAGGAGAGUUUCCAGAUUCUGGGAUUCAUUAUGAUGUCAGAAAGGAGUUUAUUGGAAACUCUGCUACCGAGAUUAAUCUACUGGGUUAUCCUAACCAAACUGUAAAACAAAGAAUCACUUUGAAACAAAAAACUAUGGUAAGAAGAUUGCUGAUCUGUUUUCUGUUUGUGUGUGUAUAUCCCAGUGGACUUCAGCAUCCAGGUCCUCAGUUCUGGUUCCUGGCCCUUCCAGCAGUCUUGUACAUUCGCUUUGCCCUCUGAGGUAAGACACACUAACGGAUCCCCUCCACUGUGACCCAAUUGACUGACAUUGAUCCCUGUUUACUCACUGUUCUCUCUUUUCUUCUCUCCUACCCUCAUUCAGCUGGAGAGGAGUUACCAAAGGUUCACGGCCUUCUACGCCAGCAGACACAGCGGGCGCAAGCUGACCUGGCUCUACCACCUGUCCAAAGGAGAGCUGGUCACCAACUGCUUUAAGAACAGAUACACUCUACAGGCGAGUACAGAUGUUGUCUCUGAUCAGAUAAAAUGCAAUAAUGUCCUUUCAGACUCACACAAGUUAGGAAUAUUCAUCAACUAACACUGUUGAACAAACAUACUGGAGCGUACUGGUGUGUGCUCACUGUCAACAAGCAAAAAUUCCACAAAUCAACAAUAUGCAUGUAGCUGAGUUGACAUUGUAUCCUGUACUGUUAGAUGGUUUUGACGUAUUCCCUGUUGCUCCUCCUGUCCUCCCAGGCUUCUACCUUCCAGAUGGCCAUCUUACUGCAGUACAACGCUGAGGACGUCUACACAGUGCAGCAGCUCACUGACAGCACGCAGAUCAAGAUAGUGAGUACUGACAACUCUAAGGGAAUCAGUUACUGUCAGACAGACCAUUCUCUUUGAUGAAUGGUUUUUCAAAGGAAGAUGUUAUGUUUUGAUGUGAAGAUAUAAGCUGAAAGCAACAGCCACUAAUUUGCUUCAAAUACAUUUUGAUGACGGUUUGUUUGUUUUUUCCCAACAGGACAUUUUGGUGCAAGUGUUGCAAAUCUUGUUGAAGUCCAAAUUGCUGGUAAAUUUUGUGCCUCUUAUUAUCAGAUAAUAGACAGAAAAAACUCCAGUUGAUAGGGAACCACCAGUCACCAUUCAGCACUGUAGAGUCUCUUUGAAAGUUUUGACCUUCUUUUGUCCAGGUCCUGGAGGAUGAGAAUGCAAAUGUGGAUGAAGUGGAGUUCAAACCAGACACCUUAAUAAAACUCUUCCUGGGAUACAAAAAGUGAGUGAUGACACACACCAUGGCUGAGUCCUAAAGUGCACUAUGUAGGGAAUGGAGUGCCAUUUGGGAAGCAGCCCAUGUUAUCAGUGUAGAUCACAACUGUACAAAUGGUGUAAAACAGAUAUUCAUAAUUGCUAUGAUGUUACUGUACUGUAAUCGAUUCCAUGAAUUGUUGCUGAUAGCAGGUUUUGAUUUUAAUCUUGACAGCAAGAAACUUCGGGUGAACAUUAACGUGCCAAUGAAGACCGAGCAGAAGCAGGAGCAGGAAACCACUCACAAGAACAUAGAGGAGGAUAGGAAACUGCUAAUACAGGUACACUGUCCAUCAGUCCAUCAUCAUGCUCCUCUGUUUCGCUGACAUUUACACACGCACACACUCAAGUUCUCAUUCACACUCACAGAAAUCUAUGUUUAUCAUCCAUUGUGCACAAAUGACUCUCUAUUCUAGAAUAUUCACCCAGGGUCAUUGUUGUCUAAGCAUGCUCUGUUGUAUUCCUCCACCCUACUGUAGGCAGCCAUCGUGAGAAUCAUGAAGAUGCGUAAAGUGCUGAAACAUCAGCAGCUCCUGGCAGAGGUUCUGAACCAGCUGUCAUCCAGGUUCAAACCAAGAGUCCCCGUCAUCAAGGUAAAUGAUGCAUUAGAUUACCCCGUCAUCAAGGUAAAUGAUGCAUUAGAUUAGGGAACAUUAGAUGGCAAUUUACCUUGUGACUCCAGAGGAUUUCUUGGAACCACAUACUGUAAAUGCAACAUCUGCCAUGGUAGGAACGGUCUUGUUUGUGUCUUUCAGAAAUGUAACAAAUCUAUACUGUGUUUUUACAUUAGGGUUGUUUCCUGUAGGUUUAUGGAAACUACUUUCUGUAUGCAACAUCUGCCAUGUUAGUAAUGGUAAUAAUGGUAAUGUGUGUUUGUGUCUUUCAGAAAUGCAUCGACAUCCUGAUAGAGAAAGAGUACCUGGAGCGUGUCGACGGAGAGAAAGACACUUACAGCUACUUGGCUUAAAACCUUUUCAUUGUUCUCCAUCCUCCCUCCUUUCUUUUUUACGUUGUUUCUUGAGUAAUAAACAUAAUUCUUUUUGACAUUUGGCCAAUGUUGUCAGGAAUGCGAGCACGGAAGGAGAAAAAUAAAAUAAAAAAUAAAAAAAAGAAGAAAGAAAAGUCUUCUGAAUCAUCAUCAUCAAGGUGGUUGCUAAAGCUGGACUUCCCUUUAAACUCUGAGAUUAUGGGAUAGCUGCUCGCCCAGUGUUUGUUUGAAGAUCCCAUCUGAACUGCUCAGAAUCGACAGAUACAUUUUGAUAUGUAAAUAUGGACAGAGACCUUUACUCCUUUACCUUUAUCUUGCAGAGUUAAUAACAUUACAAAAAACCCAAUCAAAACCCUUCACAGCGAGGGUUGCAUGCUACUGCCUAUCUGCAUUUAAGAAGCAAAAGGACAUAAUAGACAGAAGCUAUGAAGACACUGCUGCUUUACAUGGCAGUAGCAAAUUAGGAACCUAUGUUUUAAAAAAGAUGAUCAAUUUUAGCUGCACUUCCAGAGCGGGAUUUGUGUGUUUGAAAAAGGCCCUUAGAAGUGUAAUCUGCAUUGUUACCUGCUACCAGAAAACCAUUUGUUAUAGUGUGGUUCACUUUUUUUUUUAUGUGGUAAAUAAAAGUUAAAGGUUUCUGUAUGCCCUCUGAUGGUCUUUAUUACUUCAAAACUGAUGUAAAAGUUUGGAUGAUAUGUUAGACAUUAAUGGAUAUAUACUGUGCACUGAACUUGUGCUCAGGCUGUCACUU